AUGGGGCCGAAGAAGGGCAAAGGCAAGAAGGAAAAAAAGAAAGGGAAAGGUGGAGGUGCCAGCAAGAAAGGAGCAGCUGAAGUAAAUGACGUGGAACGGGAGAACGAGGCGGAGCGAUUGGAGCUGGUGAAGCAGGCGAAGGCUCUGCUGGAGCUCACACGAAAGGAGGAGCAGUCGUUCAAUGAGUUCCAGCAGCAGAGAGAGAAGAUCAACUACUUUUGGAUCGUGGAGAAGAAAAACUUUGAGGAUAGGAAAGCUGAACUGCGUAAUAAAGAGCGAGAGAGACAAGAUCUAGAGGAGAAGCAUCAGGUCGAGAUCAAGGUCUACAAGCAGCGGGUGAAGCAUUUACUAUACGAGCAUCAGAAUGACAUCACCAAGCUCAAAAAGGAAAUGGAGCAGUCUUUGAAGAUAUCGCAAGAUGACUAUCGCGGUAACGAACGCGAGCUCAAGACGGAUAAGCGGCGGCUGAAAUUCGACUUGAAAGAGAUCGAGCUGUCGCAUCAGGACUACCUCAAGUCAAUAAAACAAGAGCAAGAUCGUCGUAUCACAGUUCUGCGUCAAGAGUUCGAACGGCAUGCUAAGGAGCUUCAGCAGAAGUAUGAGCGCAAACGCAAAGCUUUCCGCGACGACCUGGAAGUUCGUCGUAAACAAGACACACAGAGAAUUGAAGAGCGCAAGAAUCUACACAUCGCACAGCUCAUGACAGCGCACGAGAAAGCUUUCGGAGAGAUCAAGAACUACUACAACGAUAUCACGCAUAACAACCUCGACUUGAUAAAAUCACUCAAAGAAGAAGUGAGUGAGAUGAAGAAGAAAGAAGCUCAAGACGAAAAGCUCAUGUUUGAGAUCUCUCAGGAGAACAAACGCAUGUCGGAGCCAUUGAAGCGAGCUCUGUUGGACGUGGAGAAGCUUCGAAAAAAUAUCUGCGUGUAUCAGGAAGAGAAGGUGGAGCUGCGUACGGCCAAGGCGCAAUUGUUGGUGCUAGAGCAGGAAUACGCCACGCUCUCGUGGGAGUUUGAAGUGCUACAGCAACGUGCAGCACAAGUAUCACGAGAGCUGGAGCAGCUCACGACUCAGUUCCACAGCAGCAUCUACGAUGUACAGCAGAAAGCUGGUCUGAAGAACUUGCUGCUUGAGAAAAAGAUGGGCGCGCUGACACUACAACUUGAGCAGAAAGAUGCCGAGCUCAACGAGGUUCUCCUCCAUGCCAAACUUGAUCCAGCUAUCGUCGAUCGCGUCAAAGGCAGACUGGAAGAUAUCAUGGCUAACAAAGCUGAAGAUCUCCGUGAACUGGAAGCCGAGAUGGCUCAAGUCGCCAAGCUACAGCAAGAACUUGCCACCGCCAUGCAGCUCAAGAUGAGCGAGUAUGGCCUUCCGAUGGACGAGUUAGGCUUCAUGCCUCAGACCCGAUCUACUGUCGCAUCCUCAAAAAGCAGCAGCAACAACAACCGGAGUUAUGGAAACGAAGCAUCGCCAUCGCUUUCGAUCAAGGAGCAGCAAAUGGCACAGAAGAGAGCGAUGGCCAAGUCUCUCAACGACCCAGCCAAAGUUCAGUAG